AUGAAGGCGUUAAUAAAUAUCAUCAAAUCCAUAUUCAAUCUCAUCAGAUAUUUAUUAUCUCCCUUGAAAAGAGCAGUAUGUCGCAGACGACGUUCUUCAGAGAGUGAUUUUGCAGCACCAGUCACAGAUCUCAAUUCCUUGUCCAUAGACAUGACACAGUCUUAUCCUGGCAAUAAUGAUAUACAAAUGGAACCAUGGGAUAGUUGGAACGAUGCUGGAACUAAUAAUAGAUCGAAUAAUAACUAUGGCAACCCUACACAACAAUAUAUCAACAAUUACCGCCAAAAUCUCAAAAAACCUGAACCAGAGCCUGUUCCUGAACCUGAUUAUUUUGAAGAUAUGGAACCAUCUCUUAGAAAGACAGCUAAGAUACAUGUAAAGAAGAAACAUGCCGCAGAUAAUAAUAUUAAUAAGAGUGCUAUCUCUAACAGAUUAGCUAUGACUUCAGAUAUUCCUUUACAGACGGGAUCAGAGCUUGAUGCUUGGGAAGAUGAAAAUAAUGCAUGGGAUGAAGUGGGUGAUGAGGAUCUGUCUUAUGAAGCAGAGGUGGCAUUAAAAGAUAAACGCAGAGCUGAACGUCAACAGAGACAAUUGGAACAUCAGAAACGUAAAUUAGAAAAAGAAUCACGAUUAAAUCGUAAAGACAGAGAUAUUGUAGCAGUGAAGUUAUCGUGA